AAAAGUGCAGCGCAUCGAUGGUUACAAUUCGGGUGAUAUGACGUCUCCAUUGAUCUGAUCGACAUAAUUACCGGUAGUUUAUGAUAAACUGUAUGUUUUUUUAUGAACACAACCUGAGAUUUAUGACACUGAUGUCAAUGUAUUUGUUGAUGAAAUCACGAAUUUGCAUGAAUCCCGAAAACCCUGCGUCUUCUAUCAAUCCAUGGGAAUUAGUUUUCGGCAAAUUGACACAAUUAGCUCAGGUAUUAAAGAGGACUGUGAGGCCAUAAUAAGUAUGUUUAAAGAGUUUAUCGUCUAUCAAAUGCUCGACACCGACAAAGUGGUCGAUUUGAAAGAAUUACAAGACAUUGGAUUCGAUGAACAAUGUUCUGUGUUUCGGCUAUUAGUUGCCGAAAAUAGUGCCGACAAACAAAUCGUUGGUUUUAUUUUGUAUUACACAAAAUACUCGCUCAUAUCGGGCAAAGGUAUUUGGAUGGAUGACUUAUAUGUCAGCCAACAGUGUCGUGGAUCGGGUAUGGGUCGGGCACUAAUGUCGGCACUGGCCAAACAAGCGGCCAAUAAAUCGUACGAUUAUAUAGACUGGCGGUGUUUAAGCUGGAAUACAAGUGCCCUGUCUUUCUAUAAGCAUAUGGGAAGUAUUAACAUAUCGGAAACGUAUGGCAUAUAUAAUCACAAGUUUGCUUUGUUUGGCGCCGAAGGCUUAAGAUUAGUAGCCGACAAUUAUGCCGACAAUUCAAUAUUCACUGUUAGAAAAUACCGUACAGAGGACUGGCAUGAAUUGAACCAAUUGUUUAAUAAUUGUCUAAAAUAUGAGAAGCAAGAGAUAGAUAGAAGCAAACCUUUAGAAAUGCAUGAAUUCAACGAACAGUUAGAUAUUGGACUAUUUCGGGUGUUUGUGGCACAGCUUAAGGACAACAAUAACAAAUCGCUUAUUGGUUUUGUAUUGUUUUACCAAAAUUAUUGGCUAAACAUUGGCAAAGGUGUUUGGAUAGAGCACAUGUAUGUCGAAGAUGAGUAUAAAAAUCUAGAUGUUUCUGAUAUGCUAAUGACUGCAGUGGCCAAACAUACUGUCCAACAUUCGGGUUUGACUAUGGGAUGGGCUUAUACUGAAUAUAUGAAACAAUUUGUCGAUUCGUGCAGACAAUUGUGUGCCAACUAUUUGCGGGAUAAUUCAAAUUCACAUUUAUUUCAUCUGAAUAAUCAUCAUUUAAUACAACUAAUAAAUUUAGAUAAUUAA